AGGUUUAGCAAUUUCACUCAAUUCACAGCACAUUCCAACAAAUUCUCCUGCAACUUCUACUGUUCUAUUUCCUACACCACAAUCUUCAUUGAUUCAUUUGAACCCAAAAGCUUUCAUUUGGCAGUUUCGAAUUGAACUUGAAAAUCCUGGCUUGGCAAUAUGGAUCAAAAUAGUCCACAAUCCUCAGAAGGUGAUGGGAUCAUACGGGUGCAGAUUGGUAACAAGUUAAACACUAAUUUUGGUCCUGAUGGAAUCAAGUUGAAGACUACUAGGGGUUCUGGUGGAAUCAACACCAUAUUUGAACCUCUAGAAAAUGGUGAUGAAAUUACACCAAGCCCAGGAGAAGCUGCUUCUUCAUCAAAACCAACUCUCAAUGCACCAGAGCAGAAGCUGACUCUAUUUGCUCUUCAACUUGCACUUCUCGAGAAAAUGGCUACUGGGUUAGGAGCUCUGGGAUUCAUCUGGGCAACUGUUGUUCUUCUCGGUGGUUAUGCUAUUGUACAAACCAGAAUUGACUUCUGGUUCGUCACUAUCAUACUCUUAAUUGAAGGUGCUAGAAUCUUCAGCCGCAGUCAUGAGCUUGAAUGGCAACACCAAUCUACAUGGACGAUUGCAGAUGCCAGCGUUCAUAGUUUCAAAUUAUUGAAAUCGAGCUCCAAUUUGAUUGUUCGAGCUUUAAGAAGAAUUAAUGUAUCAAAUUCUGAAUCCCAAAGAGGAGAAUCAUCGAAAGAGAAGACAAUGGUGGCAAAAACCAGCAAACAAUUAACUCGUACAUAUGGCCGAGAACUCGAAGAGAAUUUCAAUGAGAAAAGAACAAACCAUCCAUCAAGACGAACAUGGAAAUCAUCAGAGGUUCCUCUGCUUCCAAUUGUUGGUUGGAUUUUUCUAUCUAAGAACAUCAGUAAGUUGUUCUAUUGGUUGCAGUUUUUAUCAGCCUUAGCUUGUGUAACGCUUUCAGUAACGAGGCUCGUUCAAUUGACCCAUGGUGAUGCAAUUCAACGAACCCCAGAAACUACGAACCUGAGAUCUGCCCUGAAUAUCUUUUAUGGGUUGGCUGUGGCCGAAGCUUUCUUGUCUCUGUUGGGGAAAUUCUACUGGGAAUGGACGAUUACGUCUCGUAAAUUGCUGGAGAAGGUGAACGAGGAGUGUGGAUUAGGAGACUCCGGCAUGAUUUCCAUCAAAAGGUUCUUCUAUGAUGCCUAUUCCGAAUGUGUUAAUGGAAGCAUCUUUGAUGGCUUAAAGCUGGAUUUGGUUACUUUUGCUACAGAGCUUUUGGCCUCCCAAUCCAACGAUGAGCAGCUAAUUGGGGCUCAAAUUCUUCAGAAAUUCUCCAACAAUUCCAAAUUCUCUAAUGAUACUCUACAGAAGAUUGGCACAUCUACAUCGGUUAUUGAAAGAUUGGUAGAGAUUUUGAACUGGAAGAACCCACCAGAAGCAGAGAUUAGGCGAGCAGCUGCAGAGAUUUUGUCCAUGCUAGCUGGGAAAAAGCAGAACGCACUUCGAGUUGCAGGGAUUUCUGGUGCAAUGGAAUCUAUUUCAUCUUUGCUCUACACUGAACGUAGCUCUGAUGGAGUAUUUGAUGAACUCGGGGAGAGACAGAUCGUUUUCGAUAAAGAAAAUUAUGAGUUUUCUGUCUUUAGCCAAUUGGGUCUCACCAUUCUCAAGAAGCUUGCACGAGAUCACGAUAAUUGUGAGAAGAUUGGUAACACCAGAGGCCUUCUGCUCAAACUUAUUGACUUCACACAUACCGGAGAGCAGAUGCUCAAGAACAGCCAUGACACAGAUAAUAGGAUAUUGGCAGUGAAACGAUCACUGCAAGCGCUGAAAUUGCUUGCAGGAACAUCUGGUUCUGUGGGCAAGCAUCUGAGGCAAGAGAUUGUGGAGAUUGUUUUCACAGUAAGCAAUAUCAGAGAAAUUCUCAAGUAUGGUGAGAAGUUCCCAAAGCUUCAACUUAUAGGAAUCGAGAUUUUAACUAGUUUGGCCUUUGAUAUUGAGGCAAGAGAGAGGAUUGGAAGCACAGGUGGAAUCAUUAAAGAAUUGUUCCGGAUUUUCUUCCAAGAUCCAAAUUCCGAAGAUCAGAAUCGUGUGAGAGAUGCAGCAGGGGAGACAAUUGCAAUGCUUGCACUGGAAAGUGAUAAGAACUGCUCUAGGAUAUUGAAUCAGAAGGUACUAACAGAGCUCGUGAGGGCACUCGAAGUACAAGCGCUUCGCAUCAAUUCAGCCAGAAUUUUAAGGCAUUUGUGCAAAUUCGCUGGCAAAGAUUGUUCAGAACAAUUAAAGGAAGUCUCUGCUGCUGCACCCACAGUGCUGAAGGCGAUAAUGUCUGAAAAAGAAGAAAAACUACAAGAAGUAAUGCUCGGUCUCGCAACACAGGUGUUCAGAUUCAUGACUCCUCAAGAAGUAAAUACCAUGUUUAAACGGACUCGAAUUGGAGAGGACAUAUUAGCAGGGAAACUCCUAGAAAUUUUGGCAUUUUACCAAUACCCAUCAACCAAGGUUCCAAGAAUGAGGAGGUUUGCGAUUGAGCUAGCCAAUUCAAUGAUGACAAACAAUAAAGCCACCGUUCGAAUUUUCAAGGGUCUUGGAAUGGGGGAGUUGCUUGAGAUUCUGAGAGAGACCACAUCAGAGAUCGAAAGCUUUAACAUUUUCUCUGGAAUUGUUGGACUUAGCCGGCACAACAUAGCAAUUCACUCACUAGUCGACAAUGCACUCGAGUUGCUGGCAGCAGAUAGAUGAAAUAUGGAAUUAUGCUGAUCACUCUGCAAAUCCAACAAUUUGUUUCCCUACAUAAGAUUAAUGUUGUGACAG